GUGACGGCUGAAGGAGCAGCUGGGCAGCAUCAAGGAGGUGGAAACCAAGCGUCUGCCUGGCCCAGGCGGCUGGCUUGUUGGGAGGAGCAAGGCACGCAGGACCAGAAGCCAUCGGAAGAGUUUCUGAAUUACCUCUUGGCUGGGGGCCACAGGCCAGAACGGCCCCAGCUGCCCCGGCUGGCCGAGGCCCUGCAGAGCCUUCCUCCUGGCUCCAGGCCUUCUCGCCCCGCCCUCUCCUCCUCUGCUGCCUCCUCUGCUCUCCUCCCUUCUCAUCUCACACCCACAGCAACCUCCAAUGGACGCUCCAGCCCGGGGAGCACAGACUUGCUGCCACUCACACGCGAAAUACACGUUCCACCUGGCAAAGUCAAAGUCAAGAGGAGGCCUCAGCAGACUUCAUCUUCAUCAGGAGAGUUGGGGAAGGUGCAGGCUGGGCUACGUCGUGGAGAAAACACCCUCCAAGCCCAGUCCCACUUUCCCAGACAGAGGUCCCCGUCCCGUGUGGCCGGGUGGCAGGGAGCGUGUCAAGAGGGCGGCUCUUUCCAGAAGAAACUUGCAUCGGCAGCAGCUUCCAGUUUUGUGGAAUGGAGCAAUUUGGUCCUCAGCCUCAUGGCGCACCCCAGAUGUCUGCUUUCACAGCUCUGGUGGAUGCCUGGCUUCCAGGCCAACCCUCUGUGCGCCCAAACACCCGAAGGCGUUCACCCCAGACAUGUUUACACCCCGACACUGCCAGGCUGCUGGGUGGAGCUGGAGAAACCCGUAGCCGGGCGGGACCCAUGUGCUCCGAUCCCAUCCUCUGAUUGUCCCCAUCACACUCGUCUUGGGACCCCGCUCUGGUCCGGCUACAGCGCUAGUGCCUGGUUGUAUGGCUCCGAGGCAGAAACAGCAAGGCGGAAGGGUGUGGCCGCCGCCACUGUCUCCUGGAGGUCGGGAAGCGGAGAGGAGGGAGGAUCACAGGAAGUGAGACGCAUCCUACCAGGUCACCUGCCAGUGACCAGAGCCAGCGCACUCGGCCUCUCCCUUGGGCCCCUCUGCUGGUUCUGCCUCUCCUUCAAGACCUCUUGUCCCUGGAGUCCCCCAGCCUCAGGUCAUCGGCCCCUUUUCUUCUCUGUCCACACGCAGACCCUUGGGGGCCUCACGUGGUCUCCUGCUCCUCCGCACACCACGUGCCCAUAUUCCCUGGCACACAUCCCAGUCCAGCCCCUCCACCAAAGCCCUUGGGCGGAGUUCCAGGGCCCACGCGCCCUCUCUAAUAGACGUCCCAGAUGAGUUCCUGGGUUUCUCUCUCUGCUCUCCAGCACCCCUGUCUGCGGCACCAGAACCUGCCCAUCUCAGUUGGUGGGGACUUUAUCCUCCCAGGGCUCAGGUUUGGCUUUGGGGGCAUCUGGGCUGUUGUUUUUCUCCUGCAUCCACCAUCCAAGACCUGUGAAGAAACCUGGUUGCCUCCCUCUUUACUGUCUGUCUGGGCAGAGCUCAUAUUCCUCCCGCCUCUAUCCUUCCAUUUCUACCUCCUGCCUGGAUGGUUGCAAUCACCUCCCAAAGGAUUUUCCCUGUGUCACCUUGAAUCCCUAAGGGCUGAGUAUUUGUUGAAGACACCUGCAGGCCCCUCUCACUCAUACCCAUUUAACAAUGGCCCUCAAGGCCCCACCCUAUCUGGCUGGCCCGCUCUGACUCACCUCCUCCAUGCCUGGCUGCCUUACUGUCCUUGGAUGUUCCCGCCUCAGCCUCUCCUCAGCUGUUUCCUCUUCCAGGUAGCCCUGUGAUUCCCAAAUAUCUCCCCAAGUUUGCUCAAAUAUUGCUUCUCCCGUUUCAUUGUAUCCUUCCCCACCCUCACCCAUGGUUCUUGAACCCCCUUUUUCUGUACAACAUAUCUAGCACAGUGUAUGAUUUGCUUGUUUAUUGUAUGCAGUCUUUGUUGUCAGUUUUCUCUUGUUGG